AUGGCGAUGGCGACGGUGCGGCGCCGUGCGGUGUGCGCCCUUGCAGUCCUUGUGCUGCUGUGCGGCUGCUGCUUCUCCGUGUGCGGGGCGACGCCAGAGCAGGAGCGUGAGGCUUUGGUGGAUGUGUUUAUGGAGUUCUCGUGUCAGGACAGUGAGAACAAGUUGAGUUGGCGCCUUAAUUCCAAGCACGAGUGGAGGAAGUGCGCAUUGGAUGUGAACUCUGUCCACUUUAUAAGUGGAAACACUUACAGCGGCGACAACGCCAUCUGUGCCUGGGGCGGGACACUGCAUUUGAUUGGAGGUGACCGGACGCGUUGCUCUCAAUCCGAGACAGAGCCUAAACAUGCCUUCACGAUGAGCUGCAAGACGCACAGGGACAGUGCAGUGCGCAAACUGUGGGAAGCAGCAAACGCGAACCCCAGCGACGCGUCCCACUCAUCUUCAUCCAGCGAACCGUCUGGCGUUUUAAUGUAUUGUGGGCGGCAAACCACAAGUGGAGAGAGAACUGAAGUGGAAGCUGGUUCGACUGAGGAAAAGGGUCCGAGCGGUGUUCCUGAAGAGAAUGCGCACGGCGGUGGCAGUGCAGGUGCAGGACCUAAAGAUGCCGUGACGGAAGAGACUCCACCGACACCAUCGACUGGCGGCGAUGGUGGAAGCGCCACUACAACCACGACCACCAGCAGCCCCAGUGGUGGGAAACACGCAAAGGGCAACGCGGACGGCAGCGGCACGCCCAGUGUGUGGGUGCGUGGCACGCUGCUGCUGCUGCUGACGGCUGCUGUUGCCUGUGCUGCUGGGGAUUGA